AUGGAUAAAUUCAAGGUCUACGUUGACUACAUCCUCAGUAUUACGGGAUACGUAAUAGCUUGGGUCAACAAGACUGCGAAAGGAAUCGCACAGAAGUUAUUUGGGCUGAACCCGGAGUUUGUUGAGGAGACUGACCAGGAGGUCAAUCCUGAUGGCCAGCCAAAAACCAAAGCCGAGUUUGUUGCCAACGUUAAGAAAGCUUUCCAAAAUACCCCUGCCGAGCGAUUCUUCAAGAACAACCCAAAGUUCAUUGAAGAGCUGGCAGAGAAAGCUGCAGCCCUGGCCGACGACCCGACCACGCCAAUUUGUGGCAAGGACCUUUUACCCAAAACAGCUCAAGUAACCAUGCACCAGCAGGUGCUGUACUGUGACGACAGUAGCUCAAUGAAACGCGAAGGUCGCUGGGACUCCCAAAACAAGCUCAUUAAUAGAAUCGCUCGAGUUACCACUCGGAUCCUACCCGAGGGCGAGGGCGUUUACAUGCGUUACAUCAACCAGCAGAUACCAAAUUCCGACAGCCUUCAAUUUGAGGAUCUAGUCGACGUAAUCAAGCCACUAACCUGGGGCGGUGACACCCCGAUAGGCACGAAUCUGAAGAGCAAAGUCCUUGAGCCGUUAGUCUACAGCAAAUUGCCUAAUAACCUCAAGAGACCGCUCCUUGUUUCUGUCAUCACGGAUGGAAUGCCUGAGCCGGAACCAAAGUCGACCUUUGUGGACGCCAUCGUUGAGUGUGGCGAUAAGCUAGAAGCUGCCGGGCUUCCUCGCGAGAGUGUUAAGUUCGUUAUUGGCCAAGUCGGCUCGGCCAAGGUGGCGACAAAGUUCCUACAAGACAUAGAUAGCGAAACAAGGAUCGCAGACGUGAUAUUUGUCGCUUCAGAAAAAUUGGAUGUCACGGCUUCAAACCUCGAAAGUGAUUGGAAAAUGGAUGAAUGGCUUAUCGAGACCUUGUAUUCGCCUAUCAUGAAAAGCGAGAACAAGAAAGUCAAGUAAAGAGAAGAGGGUAUUGUUGCGAACUCAGCGGAAUAAGGGCAGAGUAAGCAUAUUGAUUAGCUAUACGUGUAUGGAAUAUGCGCUUGAAGUGUUAUCUUCGUCGUUCUUGUCGAAAUCUAGCGUAGUAGUAGU